CGGGGCACCGGCACCGAUAGAGGCAGCGGCGCAGGCUCCAGACCUCAUCGCUGGUCUCCCAUGUGCUGAUGACCGACUCAUCGGAGACCUCAACUCCUCCAUCGGGUCUCCGCCUCAGCACCUUCCUCUUCAUUGCCAGCCUCCUUGAGCUCCCAGGGGACCACGGUGCGGCGGCGGGCUCUGCAAAUGGAGGAAGGGCUGGCUUCAGCCCCGUGGCCGUAGUGUAGGGGUCACAGCGGGGGGGUGCUUUCCAGCUCUCACUGCUGCCUUGCUGCUCCUCAUCGCUCAGAGUGGCCCAUCUAUACCGGUCUGCUCCCCGUGUGUUCUCCAUGGUUUCUGCUGGGCUGGGUGGAUCCUGCAAAAAUAAACUUGCAGUUACCAUCUUGCAGUGCAUCCAGGUUGGAUGAAGGCAUGUAAAAAGGGGCUCUGAGAAAGCUGUCUGACUCUUGGCCACCCUGAAGCUUCUCAGGUUUGUGUGUGUCAAUCUAAGCUCCGGUUACACAGAGGAGUCUCUAUAUAACUAUAUACAACUCUACUGAAAACUGUGGCAUUGCAUAUGAAGUAUCAGUGUGAGAUUGGACAAAACACAGGGCAGAUUCACUUCGCUCUGUGGCUGUAAGCCUUGUCAGAGGUAUUAAUGACUCUCCCUUUAUGCAAACCACUGUGCUCUUUCAAAAACACCAUACCUAGUUGUGAUUAAAUCUAGGGACAUCAAAGAAAGGGUGUUCUAUUUCCACAGAUGAGGAAAAGAUGUUCGUUUGGAUGUUGACCAUCACAGCCUGAAGGCAGAGCUCCAGGCUGAGUUGUGUGGGGGUCUGGUUGAGGUAAGCCUCAAGACUGGCUGCUGUAGGGAUGUGGACGCUGUUCACAUUCAGUGUGCAGGUUUGGGGCUAUCUUUAUGCCGUUAAACAGGGUUGGAAAUGCAAGUUUCAGUCGUGUAGCAGCAAUGCCAUUAUGAAAUGUUAGAGCAGAUGGUGCUGCGAGAUGACUGGUAGCUGUUAGCAGGCUGUCUGAAGUGUUGAUGCUAGCUGAGCACACGGCAAGAACGGGAACUGCUCCGUGACAGCUUUGCACAGGAAAUGUGGGAAUGUGCUGCUGCCGUGCUGGGCUGCUGGAGCAGAGCUGGUCUGACAGCAGUGGCUGGAGGAAGACGAGUGAUUAAAAGUGCCAAAGAGAUUUGGAGCCUCGAGUAAGAUAAAAUUGCCCCAGCCAAGCCCCUUGACUGUUCCCACAUGCUGCUAGGAACACUGAAUGACGAAAAAGAGGCAAAAGAAUCAUUGUGCAGGACCUGAGGAGCUACCAGCCACCAACUAAAACUCCAAGGGACGCACUCACUAUGGCAGAUGGGAGUGGGGCUACUGAUCGAGAGCAGCUCCUGAAGAGGGUGCAGGACUUGGAGGAGGAGGUGAAGCGACUGCAGGAGAAGCUGUUGGAGGGCAAGGAGGGCACUGGGGCAAAAGACACAGUUUCAGCCUCCAGGAAACCCAGGAAGCAGCAGCAGCGGCCAUUUGAUUUCAGCGCCUACGGCCGCAGGCACGUGGCACUGAAGAUUGCUUACCUUGGCUGGGGGUACCAAGGCUUUGCCAGCCAGGAGAACACCAGCAACACAAUCGAAGAGAAGCUGUUCGAAGCCUUGAAGAAGACGCGGCUGGUAGAUGACAGACAGACCUCCAACUAUCACCGCUGCGGGCGGACAGACAAAGGAGUCAGUGCCUUUGGGCAGGUGAUUUCCCUAGAUCUCCGCUCAAACCUCUCAGAGGGGAAGAAACUAAAUGGUUGCAAGGAAGACUCAGAAGGGAAAAACAGUAAAUCAGAGGAAGAGCUCCGCUACACCCAUAUUCUGAACAGGGUGCUCCCACCAGAUAUCCGCGUGCUGGCCUGGUCCCCCGUGGAGCCUGACUUCAGCGCCCGGUUCAGCUGCCUCAGGAGGACCUACCGCUACUUCUUUCCCUGCGCGGACCUGGACGUGGCCCUCAUGCACGCCGCCGCACAGAGGUACGUGGGGACACAUGAUUUCCGUAACCUAUGUAAAAUGGACGUGGCCAACGGUGUGAUCAACUUCCAGAGAACAAUUCUCAGCGCCCAGGUGAUGUGGGUGGACAGGGGAGCUGAAGCUGGGCUGCGGGACCCUUUUCGACUGUGCCAGUUCGAGGUGACGGGACAGGCAUUCCUCUACCACCAAGUGCGCUGCAUGAUGGCCAUCCUCUUCCUGAUCGGACAGAGGAUGGAAAGCCCAGAGAUCAUUGACGAGCUGCUGGAUGUAGAGAAGAACCCCCGAAAACCACAGUACAGCAUGGCCGUGGAGUUUCCCCUGGUCCUGCAUGACUGUGAGUUUGAGAACAUUCAGUGGAUCUAUGACCGGGAGGUACAGGAAUUCAACGUUACCCACCUGCAGCAGCUCUGGGCCAGCCACGCAGUCAAAACUCAAGUGCUGCAUAACAUGUUACAAGGCCUGGAUGCUGCUCCAGUGGCUGCAGGGAAAGGCCCAGGGGAUGUCACUACUACUGUCCUUUGGGGAGAUCUGAAGCCUCCAGUGCAAAACCAGGCCAGCAGCUUCAUGGAGGGCGUCAAAGCCCGCGCAUACAAGCCCUUACUAGAGCGGCCCAGGUGCGAGGGGCUGGAGUCCCGCAUCCAGCACUGCCUGCGGAGGGGCCGCGGCCAGGCUGCCGAGCGGGCCGCCAAGCGGCUCCGCACCACGGGAGGCCCGGAGCUCGCCUCACCAAGCGGUGACUCCUGAAGGGAUGCUCGCCAUUUUUUUUUUUUUAUUUUUUUAUUUUUCUCUCCUCUCCUCAUUUCCCCUCGCGAGUUUGAUAAAUUUCCGUCAAUUUG